AUGCCACAACGAUCACCUUUUGCCAUACAAGAACUUUUGGGUCUUAGCGGCGGCAAUAACAAUAAUACAACAACAACUAAGAACACAGCUGCUGGCACAGUGGCCACCACCACUGUGGCCAUCACCACCAAACAAAAGGACAAAAAGCAAAGUGAAAUAAAACAGGAAAUAAACAUGAAUGGCAGCCAGGGUAGUAGGAAUGCUACAGAACACACAUCAUCAUCCGAAUCACCAAAAUCACGAGAAGAUGCCGAAUCAGAGGAGCAAGCAAUUAAUGGAGAAACAAAUAAUCUUAAAAUUUCCAAAAAUUUAUAUAGAAAGGCACACAAUUCUCCUCCAGAACAGAGGGGUAAUGAAGGUGAUGCAAAUAGGGAUGAGGGUGGCAAUGAUAGUCCCCACAAAUCACCCAUAAUGCCCACAGAUUUGUCAACAACACCGGUUAAUUCCAAUUCGCCACACUCAUCAAUUUCCUCCACAUCCACAUCGUCUGUUAAUCAGGAUUCCCAGGACACGGAACGAAGACGUCAACAGCAUUUACAGCAGCAGCAGCAACAACAACAUCACCAGCAACAAAUGUCCAUGGCAGCAUCACGUAUGGCCUAUUUUAAUGCCCAUGCAGCAGUGGCUGCGGCCUUUAUGCCUCAUCAUCCGGCGCAACAUCAUUUGGGAGCAUCUCCUGCAGCUCCCCUUCCACAUGCUGGACAACAACAAUUGUCACAUCAUCCUCAUCCCUAUUCGGCAGCAUUAGGUUCUGGACACAUACAACAUCAUUUGGCACACAAUCAGGCAACGAGUCAACAGCAACAACAUCAUCCACAUUUACCUACAACGCUGCAACAUGCUGGUCACCAUAUACCGACAUCAAUACAUGCAGCCGCAGCAGCGGCAGCAGCACAACAUCAUCAUGCGAUGAUGCAAGGACAGGUGGUUUAUAAGCCAGUUAGCCAUACAAUGUUCGUUCAUACAAUCCAGUCAACCGAACAACAGAUCCAGCUAACCAGCCAACAUCAUUAUGACCAACCAGCAUUACCAACAUCGUCCACAUCGUCGUCAUCGUCAUCAUCAUUACAAUAA